CUCUGCACCAGAUCUCCUCACAACCACUUCAGUAAUUGGUGCAGCUCCUCAACCAGGCAGUGACAGGCUCCACCAGGGCAAGCUCCGUGUGACAGGCACCACCACAGCCAUGUCAAAGUGUUGCACGCUGAUUCUUUUCCUGAUCUCCCUCGGUGGCCGCUUGGACACUAUGAACUCGCUUCAGACCUCCUCACUGGUCACUGUGCCAGACCUGUUUGAUCGUGUAAUCCAGCACUCCAGACGAAUGCACGCCCUCUCCUCGGAGCUCUUCACCGAGUUUGAAAAGUACCUGCUGCCCAGCAUCAACCACCUGGACAGAUCUCCGCACCGGUGCCACACUGCCAGGAUCCUGACUCCGAAUGGGAAAGAGAAUGCUCAAAGAACCCCUAGGGAGGAGUUGACGGAGGUGAUCUUGAGGCUGCUGUUUGCCUGGCGAGAGCCUCUGAUGCACUUUCACCAGAACCUGCACCAUUCUAAGGACUACUCCAGUGCCAGCCACAGGAAGGCCAAGCAAAUGAGCGAGAUGGUGCAUGAGCUGAACCAUGGGGUGGAAAUACUGACCGAGAAGAUCCAGUUGCUGGGGGAGGUGAGUAAUUCCCUGAGAGGCUUGUGGGUUAGAGACCAUCAAGGCAGCAGGGCCAUGAGUGACUACCAGCUGUUGCACUGCUUCAGGAGAGAUUCCAACAAGGUCCAGAAUUACCUGAAAAUCCUCAAGUGUCGAGUCCUGCCAGAGCCCAGCUGCUGA